ACACACACACACACACACUGUCUCACACACUCACACACACUCUCACACACAGGGAGUAAGCUGCAUGUUGGAGCAUACGUCCGCGCUCUCUCCCCGGUAACAGAGCCUCCACAGCGGCUGUUCCGCCUCGCAGUCUGCGGCGGAGCUUCGUCGUGACAGAGUUUGGAAGCGGCUGGAGGAGGAAGAGGGAGGAAGAGGAGGAGGAGGAGAAACGAAAGAUUUCCCUCCGCGCUGAGGUUAACGCACAGCCGCACGUUUAACAGAAGGGACGGGAGGAGAGUUGAGGCAGAGGUGGUGUCCUCCUGUCAGAAACGCAAGCUCCGUCCGACACAUGGUUGACAGUGGGAGACGGAAGUGGCCGAGAGAGACGGUACGGGAGUGACAGUGAUCCAGACAACCACUCAGAGAGAGAGAAGGAGGCAGUUGGCCAUCUGUGGUUGGUCCCCUGCUAUUCUGCAGCUGUGCCGGAUUUCUGCUCCUUUCUUAAGUAAAAAAAAGGACACACAGUGAGAUAAGGGGGUUCAUCCUACAGCUGAUGAGCCCAGACUGGGGCAAUGUUAAGGCCUCAAUGGCCUCCAAUUAAGCCCCUGAGGCUGCUUCUGUUGAGGGAUGGGUGAUACCCCAGCUGGAUGUUCCGCUGUCGCCACGGCUAUCAUUAGUGGCUAAUGAGCUCCUGCUAGAGAGGAAAGGGAGACGCUGCCUGUGGAGAGAGGAGGAACCUUACAGCUGUUAUUAAGAGGCCUGGAGAUCUGACAAGGAAUUAUUUACCUCUGCAAGAGACAGAAACCCUUUAAAGCUUUUUCCUGUACAAGAAAGGAUUUUGACUUUGAAAGAUACAGCUACAGACAUUUCUUUUCCGGUUCCAGCUUCUUGGGUUUUUGCUACAGCAUUGUGUAUACUGUACCAUGCAGAACAUCUUUACUUCUCACAUGAAGGAGUUCCAGCAAAACACUAUAAUCCACUAGGUUUUUUUGUUAAAGUUAUAUUUUUGUUUUACACUUUGACAUUAUUUUGACCUUCCUAUGCCCUGACGCACAUUGGACACCAUGGCAGCAGCCUAUCGCGUUGUGGUGAGCAGCGUGAGCUGCUACAACAGUGUGGUAGUGGACCGGCGCACUCACUCCCAUGCCGUGCACUACUGCUCAGGGCCAUGCGGGGUGCUGUCCCAGGGACUAGACUGUACAGUCGCUCACCGCGGCACCUGCUCUGAGCUGCUUGUUGCACCUGACCUCAUUUACAGUGACACAAACGACUCACCCAUACACUCUCAUAACAUGAUCACUCAGCAACUGCCUAACCAUGGUAAAAUUAGUGUUACCAUGGAUACGAGUUAUAAUGGGGGUCUAGAGAGGGCGGGGAGCAGUGGCAAUUUGUCUUUAGGGGAGGACAGCCCCACAUGGCGAGGUAAAAAGACCCUAAGUUGCACAGGAUUGACUGGAAACCUGAGCUCCACUAGCAGUCUAAAGGACAUAACUGAAGAGGCCAUCAAUCUGGCCAGUGGUAAACUCAAAGAGUUUUCUUUUGACAAGCUCCGCCUCUCCUCCUCCAGCCACGUUACCUUCCGGAAAGGUCGCAAGGUCCGCCCAGACUCUUUUAGCCGACGCUCCACUGACCUGGAGAUCAUCUAUGGCCACUUCAGUUCUAACAUUACACCUAACGGAACAACUAAUGGCAUGACAAAUGGCACGGCCCCUUCUAAUGAUGAGAACAUGCCGCCAUUUAUGAUGGAGAAAGGGACAGGACCAGAGGAGACAAAGCUAAAAGGCAACUCUGGCCCCUUGACAGCCAUCACUAAAGCAGUUGGUGGCUCAACAAGCAGCCUGUCAGGUUUUGGGUCAUUAGACCAAAGUCUGAACACAGUGGCCUCCCUGUACCUCAGCACCCUUGGAGAGGAGAACCUGAUUGCCCGUCUGCUGGAGAAGACACGAGCAGAGGCGGGCACUGGGGGAGCAGGCGGGGAGGACAUCCGUGCCUGCCUCGACAUCUUGCUUAAAUGUUCGGAAGACCUAAAGAAAUGCACUGACAUCAUCAAGCAGUGCAUCAGACGUAAAGCCGGUGGAGGGCCAGCGGAGGGAGGGGCCAGUCCCGACAGCGUGUAUCGAGCUGUGAUGGCCAGACUCAGCACCUACCUGAAACGACUGCCUCUGGAUCUGGAAGGGAUGGGGAGUUUGGUUGGCAGUGGGCAGGUGGGUCAGGGUGCACCUGGGAGUGGCCACAGUGAUUUGGCCGAGCUGGUCAAUACCCUUCACUCUAUCCAACAGGGACCUUACUCUCCAAUAUUUGGCAAUGAGCAACCUCCUCGCUAUGAGGAUGUGGUGCUGUCACCUCCCAUCCCAAAGACUGUUCCUCAUUCUGCAUCUUCUGCUCUCUCCUCUGUCUCACCUUCCUCCUCAUCUUUCUUAAAAUCAGACUCCAUCCAUACCAAACCAAUCCAAAGCUUCCCAUCCAAAACCAGCGCCCUUACCAAUGGAUUACAACAUCCACAUUCUUCGUCUAUCAUACAACACACACUCUCUCCCCCAUCUGUGACCUUCCCUUCCAGCUCCAGCUCUUCUCCAACACAUUCUCCCUCCCCUCUUCGUACCUCCCCAACUCCGCCAUACACACACACUCCUCCAGCUUCCCCCAUGGAGGCUCUUUAUAUCGAAGAGGAGGAAGCAGAUGUGGGUAAGAGCCUAGAACAAAUCUCACAACAGACACUAACUUCAACCAGAGGGAUGAGCAAUAUCCAGAACAAAAAUGGGACUGUGUUAAGUCAGCCCAUGAACCUAUCACAACCACACACACUCCACAAUUCUUUAAACACGUUGCCAGCCAGCACAGGCUACAUCCCCACGGCCUCUUUAACAGUCUCAGCACCCAAAGCUGUGUCACACAGGAAUGAUGACAUCGACAAGCUGCUGAUGGAUUUAGAGAAUCUGUCUCAGAGUAUGAGCAACCCCAGAAAUACUGAGCCUCCUCUUCCAGCCAAGACCAGGAAGAGAGAGGGCAGCCAGGGUCUGACCUCCAAUGAGGCCCUCGCUCAACAGAAAAUGUCCCAGUUCCAAAUCCAGAAGCCAGUUAGCCAUUUGACCAUGAACGGCCCUAGCUCAAGGACUUCUCCAAGUCUCACUCCUCCCAACAGUGAAUCUCCAGUAGGAGAGGAGGAGGAUGGAGCACUUCUGCUGAGGAUCCUGGAGAGCAUUGAGAGUUUUGCUCAGGAGCUGGUGGAUUCUGGGGCGGGAAGCACAGGGAGUGCUGAGAGGAAAUGUGGGAAGGAGCGGGAGGUGAUGAGGCUCCUGCAGGAUACACUAGCCACCACCGGCAGGGCUGAUACCCCUGUGGAGAACACAAACCCACCACCUGCUGCUCCCACUGCUCCAUCCAUGCACAUAAAUGCAGUGCCAGCGAUCCCGCCAAAACACUCACCGGCAAAUACAAUUGCAGUAUCAGUUACACCAACACCUGCUCCUACAGCAUCUGAAGCUGUGUGCAACGCUACACCCGAACCUACCCCUAAACCUACACCCGAUGUUGUUCCCGAACUUCUGCUUACGGCCACACCUGAGCCUACAACAGAAGCAACAGAUGAAGAAUCAGAGGCCUCUACCGAUGACAUCGCCUAUUCUGUAACAUCUGCACCCACCAGCUUGCAUUCCACCGCACACUCAGUUGACCCGACACCUGUGGCUGCACCUGAAGCUCCAGCACCUGUUGCCAUCCCAGCUGCAGCAGAUAUCAGAGAGGCUGCUGUUGCUGACCCUGCUGCUGUGAGAGACACCGGUUCAACACUACUCAUCCAGCAGACUCCAGAGGUGAUCCGAGUCCAGUCCAAACAAGAGAAGAAACCAGGCACGCCACCGCCGGCCCCCGCCCCAGCCCCGGCCACACCGACCCCGACGCCGCGCUCGCCCAGCCCUCCUCCGGCUCCGGUGAUCGUCACCCCUCCUCCCCCCGCCAUCAACAUUCCCAGGUUCUACUACCCCCGUGGGCUCCCUGCCCUGGGCCCGGCUGCCAACCACGACUCGGCCAUCGCUGCCAUCGAGGCGGCCUUCACGGAGUUCGAGGAGGAGAAGGCGGACAUUUAUGAAAUGGGCAAGAUUGCAAAGGCUUGUGGGUGUCCUCUCUACUGGAAGUCGGCCAUGUUCUACGGUGCCGGUGGCGAGAGGACGGGCUUCGUCUCGGUCCACUCCUUCAUUGCAACCUGGAGGAAGUUGUUGCACAGUUGCCACGAUGAUUCAUCCAGGUUUAUUUACCUGCUGGCCAAACCUGGCUGUAACUACCUGGAGCAGGAGGAUUUCAUUCCUCUGAUGCAGGACAUCGUGGAUACUCACCCUGGACUCACCUUUCUGAAGGAUGCACCUGAAUUCCAUUCCCGCUACAUCACAACGGUGAUCCAGCGGAUAUUCUACGUGGUGAACCGUUCGUGGACGGGUCGGAUCAACAUGAUCGAGCUGCGCCGGAGCAACUUCCUGCAGACCCUGGCCCUGCUGGAGGAGGAGGACGACAUCAACCAGAUCACCGACUACUUCUCCUACGAGCACUUCUACGUCAUCUACUGCAAGUUCUGGGAGCUGGACGUCGACCACGACCUCUACAUCGACCCCAAAGACCUGUCGAGAUACAACGACCACGCAUCCUCGAGCAGAAUCAUUGAGAGAUUGUUCUCAGGCGCCGUCACUCGGGGUAACGCGGUGCAGAGAGAAGGAAGGAUGAGCUACGCCGAGUUUGUCUGGUUCCUCAUAUCUGAGGAAGACAAGAAGAAUCCCACCAGUAUUGAGUACUGGUUCCGGUGCAUGGACGCAGAUGGCGACGGCGUCCUCUCCAUGUUUGAGUUGGAGUAUUUCUACGAGGAGCAGUGCGAGAGGAUGGAAAGAAUGGGCAUCGAACCUCUGCCCUUCCAGGAUCUCCUCUGCCAGAUGCUUGACCUGGUCAAACCUGAGAGCUCAGGUAAGAUAACUCUGAGCGAUCUGAAGCGCUGCCGGAUGGCCUACAUAUUCUUUGACACCUUCUUCAACCUGGAGAAAUACCUGGACCAUGAACAGAGGGACCCGUUUGCUGUGCAAAAGGACAUUGACAGUGAAGGUCCGGAGCCGUCUGACUGGGAUAAAUACGCCUCGGAGGAGUACGAAAUACUGGUGGCAGAAGAGACUGCAAACGAACAGCUACACGAGGGGUCUUUUGACGACGACUAUGAUUCUGAGGAGCUUCAGGUCCCCGGAGAGAUUGGGAAUAAAAUGGAAAAACUGGUGAUAUCAGAUCUGACGGCAUAAAAAAACUUUGUUCCUGGAAUUCCUGGGCCGUUCAUCCUGGAAACCAGAUGGGAAGACGUUCCCCUCAGAUGGACCGAAAGAAGCAAAUGGAUGUAAAGACGGAGAGACAAUGAUUCUGGCAUCUGUCGAACGAUGACUCUGGAGUGUUCCUCAGCAUGGACUCGUCAGUUUUGCUGUGUGUGUGACCGUAAACCAGUACUGUUCUUUGUCUGGUGCAAAAAAACCCACAAAUGCACAUGUAUUCAUGCAGGAAACAAUGUCACUGCCUCCGAGAGAACAAAACCAGCGAUGGUGGGAGAAAUAAGCUUGAAGGAAACCUUCACUGUAAAAUAAUGUAAUUGUGAAUCCUGCCAGACGAUAAUCACCUGCGAUCUCAGUCGUUGCUCUGCUGAGGGCGGACAGACACUGUGGGAGUUGGAGAAGAAGGACACAUGGAAACACUGCAGAUAAGGAGAGUGAUAUGCAUCGCCUUCCAAAAACCCCACAGACACAACAGUCAGCUGCUCAGUUCGACCACACACAGACACACACACACAGACAGACACUGCCAUCAGAGACCGGCUGCCCGAGCAUCUCGCCCGUCACUGUGUUUUCUCGUAGAGGAAGUCGUUAAAAACCUCUGUUCCCUUCAGGGAGGACUCACGUAAAACCGUCCGGCUGGUCAUAGCAGCACCUCUCUGUGGCCGGCCCGCGCUACUGCACGUCCAACUGCUCGUCGUGCACGGCGCGUAAUGACUGGCUCAACCUUGCCAAGAGGGAGUUCAGUUCACUGCACAGCCUGAGCUGCUCUAUUCUUAGAGGGGCAUUAUCAGCACCCCACCUCUGGACUCGCUUUGAAGUCGUCUCUAAACCCUGGAAAAAAAUGUCUCCGGCUACGCGGACUGUCGUGUUCCCGGCCGCUGCGCUUCAGCAGGGCCGAGGGAGAGACGAGAGGGUGAUGCGUCUCGACAGCCAUAGUCAAACUCUCUGGUAGAGUUGCCCACACAUUUCCACCUGUUACAUUUGUAAUUAUAUAUAUAUGCACAUAAUAAGAACUGUGAGCUGGUCCUGUCCAUCUCGUGCAUUUGUCCAGCACAUGGUAUUGUGGUAAAGUGUAUUUUACCUGGUAAUUAUUUUCAUUCGUUUCUGUAGUUUAUGCCAAAAAUGCAAAAAAAAAAUUCUGCCUGGAAGUCGAUGUUAUUUACAGUUCGGUGUUUUCUCCCUGUAACACACACACACCACUGAGGAGGCCUCUUAAAGGAUCAGUACGUCCAAAUGAUAAAAAGAAAUACAACUCUAUCCGAUAUCAGUCCCUCAGUCCAUCUCAUUACAGUGAUGGUGAAUUAAAUGGUUUUUUUGUUGUGUGACCUGCAACAUAGAAAAAAACUGUUCAACGUGUAACGGCGGCCUCUCUGAACCUGUGCCCCUGUUAUUCUAGAAACAAACCACAGAACACACUGUGAACAGUUUCCAUUAGGAGCUGCUUUCUAUCGAGGAACCCGUCCUGGCACUGAGGUCUGUGGAGGGUAACGGGACACCGCGUCUGACAGGGCGUGAUGCUGUCGAAUUUCUGAAAUGUAAUUUAGUCUUUUUCAUGCUUCCAGGACCACGUGGAAUCCCACUCGCUCACCGUUGUACCGAGAGGGAGGCAGAAAUCCUCGGCGAUAGAUUCAUUUUAAAAUGAGCAAAUUAAAUCCCUUAAUUUGAUGGAACCUUUACCUCUUGUUAUUUACUGUGCUGCACUCACAGGUGCAUGUGUGUGUACACUGCCCUCACUGCAAUAGCUCGGAGCGCGUGUUGGCUUAUACAUCACUAAUUGAGGAGUCGUGUUUUAGGGACGUGUGAUCUGUCGCUCUCAGUUCGGGACUGUUUAUAUGUCCUAGUGGUUGCCAUGGUGAUGAUGUCCCUGUGUUGUAUGUGUGUAUGUAAUGUACACACUCGUACACACACCAUGCAAUAGUUGCGAAUGAAAGGGAGAAAGAGAGCUCACGAUGCUGUGACGACCUCGAGUUUCCCUCCUCUGCUCCACAGCCAUUGUAAAUGGGCCUGACUGUGUAUUAAACUAUAUUAUUAUUAUCAUUAACAGUAAUAAUGACCCAUUAUACAUAUAAUGGCUGUUAUUUUCUUUUGUAUUUUGAUGGUUUGUAUUGCUGUGCCACUGUGUGGCUCGUGGGGCGGGGGGGUAAAUUAUGUUAGACGUGUGUAUGUUUGUGUGUUGGAUCCACAGUGGAUUUCAGUAGAAGGGGGUCCUCUGAAGCUCCGACCACCUGACAAUCAAAAACCUCUGAGACUGAUGUUUUACUUCUGUGGUCACAGACACACACUCGCACACUCUCAUGGAGACGUCUUCACCCGGACAGUGUUACAGGUGAUGGGGACGUCUUUCUGGCUCUAUGCAAAGUGUCCUGAUGCUCACAUGUGCAGCAUCGGGGAGGAGAGAAGCCAUGUGGGACUUUUACUUUGAAAUUAUAUCUCUACUGCGAGAGGUAGAGAAGAUACUUUUAUUUUGAUGUACUUCCUCUGUGCAGAGAGAUGUGACGCGAAUCCUGACGGUUACUGUAUUGGCAUGGUUUUCUUUCUCUUCAUCACUUUGUCUUUCUUUCUUUCUCACCUUCUUUCUUUCUUUCUUCCUUCCUUUCUUUCUUUCUUUCUUCCUUCCUUUCUUUUAUUUGUCCUGUCCAUGUUAUUCGUUGCUUUUGUCUGAAGUUCAAAAGUUUAAAUAAAGAUGUUUCAUGAAUA